CAAUUUCCAUCGCUGGCAGCCUCUUUUUGCUUCUUUCUUUCUGACUCCAAUGGACGUCUCCACCCGACCAGAGGUGGCUGCACCGUAUCUGCCCAACAACGGCUCUGUUACCAGUGCCAUGAAGCUGAAUAUGACGGGUCAUAUAAGCUCCAAUAACACGAACGGCAUCAGUAACAACAAUAUUAGCAACAACGACAAUAUUGCCAGCAGUACCAACGCGAGUAAGACAUCCAACGUCAAUGGCAGUGUGGCCAGUAGCUUCCACGACAACAAUGUGGCUAACAUCGACUCGACUUCUACCAACAAUUCUACGAAGCUUAAUUCCUCUCAACGCUUCAACCAAUCGUAUGGUGGCAGUCCUUCUUCCAGCUCCAGCAACAGCAGUUCCAGCACCAACAAGCCGAAUGUGACUCCCAACAGUAGCAACCACAGCAACAAUGUCGACAACGUGAUCAACAACAAUCUCAGCAAUCUUGCCUAUUCGUACCAGCCUAAAUCGCCUAUAAGUAAUUCUCAACUUAUCAACAGCAACACAGCUUCUCCGAACGGUUCCAGCAUCUACUCGCCUGUUACCAACAGGGACUCGUAUACGCUUAACAUGACCAUCGGCUCUCCCCGGAGAGGGAGUAACAAGCUCAAUGAUGUUCCGCCUUCUGAUCCUCGGUUUGACAGAUCUCAUCUCACAGACAAGGAGUUCAUCGAACAGCUUAUGUUUGAAAACAGAGAACUCCAUGCCUUACUUUCCAAAAAGGAAAACCAGAUUCAGAUACUUCGCGAACAAUGGACAGUCCCUAAAGGCAUUCCUGUGACUAUCACGUCUAGCUCUGUGGCAGAAUUAUCUACAGACUCUCUCGAAUCUCCAAUUGAAAAGGAAGAGAAGACCGAAGAAAGAGAAGCAGUAAAAACAGAAAAACAGGAAAGAGAAAUUCAAAGACAGAAAGAUAGGCAGCAAAGAGAAAUCGAAAAAGAAAUCGAAAGAGAAAUCGAAAGAGACCGAGUUAUUCAAAAAGAAAAGGAAAGACUACAAGAAAGAGAAAAGGAAAGGCAACUUCUUCGAGAAAGAGAACAAAGGAAUGCUCCUCAAUCUCCUGGCAGACGUGUCUCCAUAAGCAAUAGUCCACUUCCACCUUUGCCAAUCGAUGCCGAACAACAAAGAGAAGCGCAGAGUCCACAGAGUCCACGUGAUACAAGAGGCUUGGGAGAACGUCGUAAGGAACUUAAAGAUCAGAAUAAAGAUGCUAGAGAGAAAUCAAUCCAAGAGACUGAUGAUUCUGAAGACAAUCAAAGAGAUAUUUACAAAGAGACUCAGAGAGAAAUUCAAAGUAAUCUUCUACGGGAAAUUCAAAAAAGAGAAGCACAACGAGAAAAUCAACGUGACGCUCACAGAGAAGCUCUUAGGGAAUCUCGAGAAAGAGAAAGAGAACAAAGAGAAAGACAAGCUCAGAAAGAAAGAGAAUCUCAAACAGAACAGAUUUCUCCUAGAGAUGCGCGUAAUGAAUUUCCAACAGAUUAUCAUACCGAAAUUCCAAAAGAAUCUUUCAACGAAACUCCAAGAAUUCAACGAGAAAAAGAGUCGCUUCAAUCUCUUCCUCUGCCAGACAUCACUAAUGAUCUGCCUGUGAAGCUGCCUGUAAAAUUAAGACAAUUAGCACCAGCAACACCACAAGAUCCUUCUUCGUCUACCUUUGGAAUUCCUCCGACUCCUCAACAGGAUUUCCCUCCCAACAUCAUUACGCCUGAAAUUCCUAUGCGAUCUUCUAGAAGAAGACGCAACUCUACCGAUCCUCCUCCUUCUACCCUAAACUCUAAUGCCAACAACUCUUCUCAGUCUCCACAGCCUCAAGCUGCUACGGCAGUUUCUGUUCUUGCUCAGACUGCUCAACAAGUGGUAAUGAAGAAAGCUUCCAUUGUAUCUAUUGGCUCAACCUCAUCCAGUAUUCCAUCUGCUAUGAGUAAUGUAUCAGCUUCGACUUCUGUAGGAAAAUUGGCCAAUAUUGAUAAGUCUCUACCAGAUAUCGAGCCUUCGAAAUCGGCGGCAACCAACUCUGAUAAAUUGUCCAACGAUUUGCUGACUGCGACGACUUCAUCUUCCAGCUUGAUCCAACCUCUUCCACCACUUCCAACUUCGCCAAUCAGACAUAACACAUUCUCUCCACCUACGAUUGUUCUUCCGGAUUCGGAUUCAAGUCCAGAAAAAGAACAACUUGAUAAUUACAGCAUUGUUUCUCCUGUAGAUCUGAAGAAUUUCAGUCCUGAUCUUGGACAAAAUCGAAAUUUCCAGUCUGCUCCGGAAAAGAAGAUGUAUUCACAAGCAAGAGGGAGUCAGAGCUCAGGAAGUUUUAACCAAACCAAUCAGUACAAUCAGUACAAAUCGAGAAUAAAGCUACCACCUACUUUACAGCAGCUGGGUGAUUCUUCUGUACCACCACUUCCUCCAGCUCCUCCAUCUUUGCCUCCUAUGCCAGCUUUGCCAGCUCCUCCUACACCUACUGAUGGAGCUUCUAACUUUGGAUUGAGAUCUCCAGCUAACUUGGAUACUGGAAAUAACGACUCUGUAGUGACGCCUAAUGUAUUUGGGCUGCAGUCCAGGUUUAACACUCCGCCUUCUCAAGCUACUACCCAAUUUUCUAAUACUGAUUACAGUGCUACGAGGCGAGUUCCUAAUACGCCCGAUAUGUUGGCGAAUGGAAAGUUCAACAUGAAACUCAACGAAAUACCAAAUCCACAGUUGGAGGAAGACAGUAGAAGCUAUAUUUCUUCUCCAAUGCAUGGCUCUUUCACGCAUUCACAAGUUUCUCCGGCUCAAUUGAGCACGUUUGACAACAACAACGAAGGAAUGAGAACCCCAGCCAAUCCAGAUUUCUCAUCUGGAGAAACUACGUUAAAGCAUUCAAACCAGACUAACCAAACUCCAAACUCAAGCUUCCACGUAAUGUCAUCAAAGAAGGCAGACGAAGACGAUACUGCGUUAUUUAUCAGACCUGAGGAUUUCCAGACAAUUAACAUCUAUGUUGUCAGUACAAUUAAUGUUAACUCACUUAACCAGGCAUCCAAGCGUUCUGAUGAUCCAAAUUGUACUAUUUCUAUUCACGAUCGUGAAACUAAUAAAGAGAUGUGGAGAAUUAGAAAGACUUAUUCUCAGUUGAUUGCCUUUGAUGGAGAAAUCAGACCUAUUAUUGAAUUCUUUGGUCUCCCGGCAAUUCCUGACAAGUCUCUUUUCCUCUCCAACACACCCAUCAAAAUCGAGCAUCGUCGUGCGGCAUUGCAGAACUACUUCAAUACGAUCUUUAUGAUGCCUCACAUUCCACAUGUUGUUCUUUAUAGAAUGUGCCGCUAUCUUUCGUUAGAUUUCGUAAAUCCUCUUGAUGAUUAUAAGAGUGGGGCCAGAAAGGAAGGGUUCCUUGUACGUCGUCACAAGGGUCUUGGAUCCAACUGGAAGAUCAGAUGGUGCCAAGUUGAAGGCGCAUAUAUGGAAAUCUAUGAGAAUCCGGGGGGGCCUUUGAUUGAACAAAUCAAGUUGAAAGGUGCCCAGGUGGGAAGACAAUCUAAUGACAACGUAGCUGAAGAUAAGGGAUAUAGACAUGCCUUCUUAAUUAUUGAAUCCCAGAAGUCUUCUAAAUUGUCAUCUUCCUUACCAAAGUAUUUCUUCUGUGCUGAAACGGACGAAGAAAGAGAUUCAUGGGUUUCCACUCUCGUAGAAUUCAACGACCUUAGUGACAUCACCAUGACUUCAGAUAUGUCUGAUUCGAUGUUGGCAACACCAGCUAGUAAUUAUCAAGACGAGCUUGAAUAUUCAACCAAGAGAUAUGUUAGCGGAAACAGCAUAACUCCAGGACUGGCCCAUGUGUCGAAUUACGAUCAAGGUUCAUCCUAUACCUCACAUUCACAGGAAGACAAAGAUUCCAAAGAAAGCAAAAAGAAUAAAAUGCGAAGUAUCUUCCCAUUUAGAAAGAAUAACUCAUCCCAUAAUCAGUUGUCGACGGAUAGUAUUUUGGAUGAAGUCGAUUCUAUACCUCCACCACCUUAUCCUGCUAAUAACCAAUCGACUCAACACUAUUUGAAUCAAAUGAAUUUGGAUGAUAAUGUUGCUAAGAAAAUAUUUGGCAGAGAAAUUGAAGAUGCCUACAAAUUAUCUAAUACCGAAACUUUAGGCAGAGUUGUUCCAAGUAUUGUGGCUAGAUGUUUGGACUAUUUAAUCAAAACAGGCUCAAUGUACGAAGAGGGUAUUUUCAGAUUGAGUGGGUCUGCUUCUACAAUCAGACAAUUGAAGGAGCAGUUCAAUACUCAAUUUGACCUUGACUUGUUUGAGUCUCCUUUGAAGCCAGAUAUUCAUACAGUUGCUGGUUUAUUGAAGACGUAUUUAAGAGAGUUGCCUAGUCCAAUUCUUGGAUUGCAUCCAUAUAACCAUCUCAAUAGUGUCAUAUUGCACAAUUCAACUUUGCCUCCUGUCUCGUUGGCGCUAAUUUUCAAAGAGUUUAUUAAUGAUAGAAACAAUGUGGACAAGAUUCACUAUGAUAUGUGUUAUGUGAUCUUUAAGUUCUUGAGUCAGAUUAUUGCCCAGAACCAGAUAAACAGAAUGAACUUAAGAAAUGUUUGUAUUGUGUUCGUUCCUACGUUGAACAUUUCGCUUGAAGUUCUCAGCACCUGUUUGGUUGACUUUGAGUACAUUUUCGAGAAUGGCAAGCCUACGCCGGACAAAGAUAGAGAAGUGCUUGACUUGCAUAUCCCUAACUUUUGA